AGGACUAUUUAUGUUUCGAUUAGGUAUUUGUGGCCAUCUUAUACCCAUAGUGAAGAUGUACUCAAACAAAAAAUAUGCCUUCAGUUAUUAGCAUUACCUACUUAUCUAAGGGUUUUUAAAUUUGUCUAGCAAAUAACUAUUAUUUCUUUGUAGAUACAAAUAACAUGAAACUGUUCUACUUCCUUUUCGUGGUCAUCAUGGUCGUCCUGGGACUGCAGACACAAGUAGCUCAAGCUUGCAUUCCAAAUGGUGGAGUAUGUCAAGCUAACGGCAGCGCCGGAAACUGUUGCUCCGGGAACUGCUACCAACAGGCUGGAUGGGCGAAUGGUAACUGCAGAUAGACGGUCCAAUCAACUGUACUAUCAACUUCACAAAACAAUUUCCUAUUUUGUCUCAAUGUGAAAUAAAUAAUGUUAUACGCUAA